AUGCCGUAUAUAGGAGCUUCAGCUAUUUCACAGUCUUCCUUUAAAAGUCUGAAGGAGCAGCAUUUUGCGAAAGGAGCAAGUCCGUCCAGGAACUCGUCGAAGCAGUCCUCGAUAUGUGAGGAAUCGGAUGCCGAGUCGAUUCGCAGCAAUACACCAGACACGACAGCCGACACUAGUUCGAAUGACACUGGGUAUGACAUACCUCUGGAACAAGGAGUGAGGACAGAGGCAAAAAGGACUCAGUCUGUUAGCCCUACAGUUUCAUGUAGAUCGGAGUGUGAGACUAAUGAGGUUUCGGCUCUACCAAAUGAGUCUACACAUGCGUACUCAUAUAAUCCACUUUCGCCAAACUCUUUGGCUGUGAGACUGAGUAUACUGAAGAGGUCCUUGGAGAUACUGAUAAGAAACCCUAAUAUGUUAGGUGACUCGAAAUAUGAGAGCAAUAGUUUUAAUACUGACAAAGAACAAUGUGAGAUGAAAAAGAAGAAUAGAAAGAAUAAUAAUGCUAAUGUAAUGCAACAGAAAUUCAGUGCACACUCCGCAGCACUUAAUGCGUUUGUUUCAAGUACUACAGCUAGUGCUAAUGCCAGCAGUACUUCUAGUGGUACUGCUAGUGGUAUACAGUCACCAGGUGCGGCAGUUUCAAGAACAGCUAGCUCCAUAAUCCCAUUCAAGGGUGUAGGAGCAAAUGCAACGACACACCUACAUAGACCCUCAUCAUUAGCAUACAUUUCGCAUAACUCAAAAAAUGAGAGAAAAGGGGAGAUAUAUUACAAUAGAAUUAAUGCAUCGAGCUCGAUGGAUGUAAUAAACUCGCAGAGGGCAGAUUUAGAGGGUUUAUUGGAGUUAUUAAAUAAAACGCUGGAAAACAAUACUUCUGAGAGGGCGACUGACCUUCAUAUGAUAUCUUUAUUGAACAUCGAUAAGCUGAUACUCGGCAAAACAGAAUCAAACGGGAGAAGGUCGUCACAAGCGCAACUAAAAGUUUUACAACUCAAGAAAACCUUACUAGAUAGUUUAGCUGAGCCUUUUUUUGAACACUUUAAUUCCCAAGAAGGACAAGGGGCAGAAGAAAUGAAAGAAUUGAACCAUGAAAUUGAUACAAUUCCGGGUUUGAAAUUAGACGCAAAUAAGGUUGCAAUGUCUAGUAUACGACCUCAACAGGAUUACGGCCGUAUUCUGCAUACUUUCACAUCAGGUAAAAAUAUCGCGCCUCAAGCUAUUUUUACCUGUACACAACUUCAUCCAUGGCAAUUCAAAGCUGCUAAUGAUUUGGCUUGCCUGACGUUCGGCAUAUCAAAAGUUGCAUUAAAGGCAUUAACAUUAUUAGAUUUGAUUCAUACUGAUAGUAGAAACUUUGUUCUGAACAAGCUUUUAUCUACAGAAGGCCAAGAACUGGUGUUCACCGGUGAAAUCGUUGCUAUUGUUCAGCCUGGGUCGAAUACAACAAAUUCCAAUUUGAUAUGGGCUUCUUUUUGGGCAAAGCGAAAGAAUGAUUUAUUGGUUUGUAUUUUCCAAAAAGUUCCAUGUGAUUACGUUGAUGUUUUGUUGAAUUUACAGGAUUACUCAGUUGAUAAUAUAUCAGGUGCUAGUGGACUGUUCUGGAGGGACUUAAAAAGAAAAGACGUGCAGAGUACAGAUUCACCAAAGUUUCAAAUCGGUACUGAGACUGAUAGCGAUAGCGAUUUAGAAGAACGUUUUAGCAACUCUUUAACACUAACAGAAAUGAAAAAAUCAAAGUCAACAAAUGAUAUUUCUUCAAAGAAAAAAUCUGUAAAAUUUGCUGAUGAAAUUCAUGAUAUUAAAGAGUUGAGUCAAUCAUUAGGACAGUUGAUAGAGGACAUCAUUGCUGGUAAGGUUUUGUCGGUUGAUGAUGACCUUUUACCGGUACCCAUUAGAGUGGCUAAUCAUAUCAACUUUGUUAGAUACUUCACUUUGAAUGACGCAUCGAAUAAUAUUCCUUGUGCUGUGUCGUGCUCAAUAUUAGAAAAUGAACUCAAAUUGAAAAUUCACAGUUUACCAUAUCAAGCAGGUCUUUUUGUACUUGAUUCUCAUACUUUUCAACUAAUUAGUUGCAACAAAUCAGUAUUAAAGAAUAUGUUCGGUCAUCACUUUUCAGAGUUAGCAGGAAAGGAUAUUUCUGAAAUAAUUCCAUCCUUUAAAACAUUGAGUGAUUAUGUUAAUGCUUCUUAUCCUGCAUUGAAUAUCACACUUCACAGAAAUAUCGGGUUGGUUUUAACAGAACACUUCUUUAGAAAAAUUCAAGCUGAGAUGACGGAUGAAGUUGAAGAUUUUUAUACUUCAAUUGGCAUAAAUGCACUUCAUAGGGACGGUCGCAUAAUAAAAAUUGAUUUUCAAUUACGCGUGAUGAGUUCUAGCGUGAUUCUUUUAUGGGUCACGCAUUCAAGAGAUGUUGUGCUGAGAGAUUAUUCUUCCACUCCAUCACAAUUGCACAUGUUGAAAGAAAACGACCUGGCAUAUGUAAGCAGUGGCAACAGCUCGGAAACAUCAUCUAAGCGUUCUUCUUCAAAGAUAUCUAUUGAUAGAUUGAAGGAUUUAGCAUCCACUGGUAUUGAAACAUCAACCAGUGCCGAUUUUAUGAAACGCAAUAUGACGUCCUCUUCAAGCUCCUCCACACUUGAUUGGAACCUUUCUCCUGUGGAGAAAGUCAAACAAAAAGAAGAAGCCAAAAAAACCCAAGAAGAAACGGGUGAAAAGGAGGAGGAGGAGGAAGAAGAGCCUCCAUCUAUUCAAGUUGGUGAUCCGGAGCUACAAAGGAAGUUGGAUUUGGCUAGAAUCUAUACCAGAAACAAAUCCGAAUUUGUUAAAGAAGGCAAUUUCAAAUUAGAUGAAGAGCUAAUAAAGAGCAUAACAUCCACUCCUCAGGGUACAGAUUCCAACCUAUCACUCAACAAGAUGGUAAGUGACGGGCAAACCUCUCCCUCAGAAAAUAAAAAUUCUUCGAGAACGGAGGAUUCAGAACCGGUACCACUUUUCUUAACUACUCCCGAAGCUAAUAUAGGAGCUCAAAAACAUAUCAAGAAAUUUUCAGAUUUCCUAAUCUUACAGAAAAUGGGCGAGGGUGCAUAUGGCAAAGUGAACUUGUGUCUUCAUAGAAGGGAAAAAUAUAUCGUUGUGAUAAAGAUGAUUUUCAAAGAAAGAAUUUUGGUCGAUACUUGGGUCAGGGAUAGGAAAUUAGGUACGAUCCCAUCUGAGAUUCAAAUAAUGGCUGCAUUGAAUAAAAAUCCGGAUGAAAAUAUUUUACGUUUACUGGAUUUCUUUGAGGACGACGAUUACUACUAUAUCGAAACACCGGUGCAUGGUGAAACAGGUUGCAUUGAUCUUUUCGACCUAAUUGAACUCAAAACUAAUAUAACUGAAUUGGAAGUUAAACUAAUUUUCAAGCAAGUUGUGUCUAGUGUCAAACAUUUGCAUGAUCAGGGAAUAGUUCACAGAGAUAUCAAGGAUGAGAAUGUAAUUGUGGAUUCUAAGGGUUUUGUCAAGUUAAUCGAUUUUGGCUCUGCUGCUUACGUUAAAAGUGGACCAUUUGACGUCUUCGUUGGCACAAUUGAUUAUGCCGCCCCCGAGGUCCUAGGCGGUGAACCAUAUGAAGGAAAGCCUCAGGACAUCUGGGCGAUUGGUGUUUUGUUGUAUACUAUUGUUUUCAAAGAGAAUCCAUUUUAUAAUAUCGAUGAAAUUCUGGAAGGCACUCCCAAAUUUGAUAGUAAUAUUGACGAAAGUGAAGAGUGUAUUGAUUUGAUCAAAAGAAUACUGAACAAGUGUCCACCAAAACGACCUUCCAUUGAUGAAAUAUAUAAUGAUAAAUGGCUACAGUUUUAA